AUGGAGAAUUUUAAGAUUUUAAAUUCAAUAAAAAUUAGGAAGAAAAGAUCAACCACAAAUAACCAUGAAAAUUCUACUCAAAAAGAAGAAAAGGAAAUUUGUGAGUCUGAAGAUCAGCAAGAAUGCAUUACUACGAAAAGUAAAAAAUUCAGGGAAGAAGCAUCAGAAGAAAAUAAUAUCGAAGAAAUUCUACUAAAAAAAAGUCCAUAUAUUGGAAAAGCUCAUCCAUUUAACUUGAUUUACCUGGAUUACCUUGAAAGAAUGAAGAAAACUACAAAAACUAUACAAAGAAUGUCCAUGAUUAAAAAAGCCAUUAAUAGUAUUAAACAAUAUCCGGUACCUAUUAUUAGUCAUCAGCAGUUCCAAAUACUGGAGGGUAUUGGGAAUUACUUGGGAUCACAACUUGAAAAACUCAUUAAAUCCGAUAGAAUGGAUCAAUUAAAAGACUUAAAAGAGUAUCAGCAAAAAUGUGAUGAGUAUCGAAAGAAUAAAAUUAAUGAUCUUAACCUAAUUGUAGAUCCUAUUCUUGCUCAAAACCCCGAAGCUGAUAAUUCUAUCUUGGAGGCACUAGAAGAAGAAAAACAAGAUGGGGAGGACAAAAUCAUUGGAACAGGAAAUAAUAAUAAAAAUUUGAAUCCAGGUACCCCUCAAAUAUAUGGCGAAAGAUGGAGUAUUAUUGUUAUUAUUGCUCUUCUUAAAGCUCUAAAACCUUUAAAAGAUGUCACUCUUGAAAGUAUUCAGGGAUUAUAUUGUUUUCUUAAAGAAUCUUAUGAGCCCAAAAUGACCAUAAAAAAGGCUGAAAAGACUAUUAAGAAACUUAUUAAAGAAGAUUUUAUUCAAGUUAAUAAACAUCAUUUUAAAAUCCAAGGAUUCCCCAUAGAAUCUGAAAAGAUUAGUUAUAACUUAACUGAUAAGGGAAAUAAGAUAUCCAUAGAAUGCUUAAAAUGUAAUGAAUUAUUUGAUUAUAUAUUUACAAAUUAUAAUAAAGAGCAAUUUAAUAAUAUUAUGUCCCAAAACAAUUUAUUUGAAAUGAUUAAAUCUUUUGAUUCUAAAAGAAAGACCAAAGUAUUCAUAGAUUAUGAGAUUGUUAUGAUCAUUGAUUAUAGAGAAGUUAAUACUUAUAGUAAUUCAUUAGUUGGAAAUUUUAAUAGAGAUUGUGUAAGUAUUAACUAUGAUAAUAAAAAUGAUAAAUAUAAAGCAACAGAGAACAUAGAUGAGUUUGCUUUAACCAAUACCAAUAGUAAUAAUUUUGGUAGUAAAUCUUCAGGUAUUCCAAAAUAUCUAUUAAAUAGAUUAAAAGAUCAAGGAAUUAAUAUUGAACUUAAAAAUCUUCCAAUUGGAGAUAUUAUUUGGGUAGCAAGACCAAAACUUGAAGAUAAGGAUGAGAUAACACCAAUCGAUGAUUCAUUUGUAUUACCUUGGAUUAUUGAAAGAAAAACUGGAAGUGAUAUGUGUUCAAGUAUAUUAGAUGGAAGAUAUGAAGAACAAAAGUAUAGAUUGAUGAGGUCAAUUGGUGUUGAAAAUGUGAUUUAUUUACUCGAAGAUCUCAACUCAAUUCAUGAAAAUAUAGUCUGGUCAAGUAGUAAUAAUGGACCAAUAAGCAGUGGUAGAAUUGCUCCAAAACAGGUUUUGAGAUCUGCUCAAGCUAAUACCCAAUUUAUUGCAGGUUUCCACAUUCUACAGAGCCAAUCAAUUGGACAUACUUUAACUCUUCUUAUUGGAAUGCAUCAAAUGAUUACCAGAAAUGUAAGAAAUAGAUGGUGCGAUUCAGAGUUAGAAGAUAAUGAGUUUAAAACUCGUGUUAUUGCAAAUAUUGCAAAAAAUAGGCCAUCAUUCAAAGAUUGGGAACUUCAUAGCAAAAAAUCAUCCAACCUCACAGUUGAAGAAACUUUUGGAAAACAACUUAGAAGUAUUAAGGGAUGUGGUCCAGAAGCAACUGAAACCCUUCUUGAGAUUUGGCCAACUCCUUAUAAAAUGUACGAGGAAAUGUCGAGUGAAAUAACUUUUGAUGAUUUGUAUUCAAAGGUUUUAAAAAAAUGUGAUGAGAUUAAAAGCAUGAAGUUUGGAUCGAAAAAGAAGCACAAACCAAGUGUAUCCAGAGAUCUUUUGUUUUAUCUUUACUGUUUAUUUUCUGAAAACAUCCAAAAUGGUGACUUAGAUAUUAAACUUGAAGAUAAAUAA